AUGAAUAAAUCAAAAAAAGAAAGAAUUAAGAGCUAUUAUAAAUUAAUAAAUAAAAAUAUUAAAGACAUAUCUGAAGAUGAAAUAAAAACAGCACAUCUCUUUGAAAAAUUGAUAAAAAAAUAUAAUUUAAAAAAAGUAGAAAAAAUUAAUGUGCCUUUAAAUUAUUCAUCUAGUUACUUUUAUAAUUAUUAUUAUAAAAAAAAUCAGCCAGUUAUUAUUAAAAAUUUAAGCUAUAAAAUAGGAAAGUGCAUAAAAAAAUUUGAUAAUAAAAAUAUCAUUGAAAACAUCGGAAAAACAAAAGUAAGCAUACAUGUUAGUAAUUCUAAAUUUCUAAAUAACGUUAAUAAAAACUUUCGUUAUGUUCUAUCUUCAUUAGAAAAUUUUAUUUUUUUAAUUUCAGAAGAAGAUAAAAAAAAAAAAAAAAUUUCUAUUAAUUAUAACAAAGGAAAAAUAUAUGUAACAUUAAAGAAUAAAAAUUCAUAUGAAAUAAAAAAUCAAAAAAAAAAUAAUGAAAAUAGUAACAAUGAAGAUAGAUAUUAUAAAUUUAAAAAUGAAAGUUCUAUUAAAAAUUGUUCUUUAGAAAACAGCAUUUCGUUGAAUACUGAUGAAUACAAAAUUAAUAACUCUUUACUUAACGAAAUAAAAGAAAAUAAAAAUGAAAAUUAUAAUUACUAUUACUAUAGAUCAUUAGGUAUAAAUCAAUUUAAAGAAGUCUCAGAUAUAAAAAAAAUGAACUCUUUUAUUAAAGAUAAUUUCUUUUUACCGAAAGAGAUUUAUCCACCAUAUGAAUUUUUUGAAUUUUUUUCAUCAAUUUUACGAAUUGGUCAAACUAAUAUCUUUAUUUGGUUACAUUAUGAUAUGCCAGAUAAUUUUUUAAUUCAAAUAAGAGGAAGAAAAAAAAUUUUACUAAUUCAUCCCAAAUUCAUAAAAUAUUUUAAUAUUGUUGAUUCUUCAUCUUUUUAUAAUUUAUUCCUAAUUUUAUCCAAGAAAAAUUUAAAUAAAAAAGAAAAAAUUAUAAAAAAAAUACUUAUCAAAUAUUCUUUAGUUGCUGAUUUACUAGAAGGAGAUAUUUUAUUUAUUCCAUCAUUAUGGUUGCAUUAUGUUUAUAAUAUGCCUUUUCAUACUUAUAUAAAAAAAAAAUAUAGAAAUUUCCACCAGUACUUACUUGUUAACGAAAAAAAAUCUUCAUCUAAUCGUUCAAAGAAUUGUAAGGAACACAAAAUAAAAGAUAAUUUAAAUAAUUUCUAUUUAAAUUCUAAAUUUAAAAAUAUUACAAAAAAUAAGUCAUUAAAACAUUUUUUGCAUUUAAAAGAUGAGCAUCCUAUUUUAAAUUAUUUUUUUUUCAAAAAUAAAAAACAUUUAAAGAAAAAAAUGCUCUUUGGAAAAAAAAAAAAAAAAAAUCCAUUCAAAUUAUUUUUAAAUAAUAUUUUAAAUAGCAAUGAGGAAGAUAUAUGUAAUUAUUAUAAAAUUCAUAGAGAUCAAAUUGCUAUUGAUAAAAAUGAUUUAAUAAAGCAUUAUAGUCAUUUAGAAAAUUACGAAGAAUAUUUAAGUAAAGAGUUCAAUGUUUGUAUUAAUGAAAGUAAAAAUAAGGAUGAUAAAGCUAACUUUAAUGAAAUAGACAAAGAAAGAAAAAUUCGCAUGAAGAAAAGUGAAGAACAAAUUGAAAAUAUUAAUAACUUGAAGAACAAUAGUUAUGAACAUCUAAAAAAUAAUAGUAUAACUGAAAAAGAAAAAAAUAAUAAAUUAACAAAAAAAAAAAGUAACACUUGUAAAGAUUUUUCAUUAAAUACCAAAUUAAAUAUUAGUGUUAAUUACUUUUUUAGAAAAAAAAAAGAAAAAUGUCUUUUUAACAAAAAGGAUUUAUAUGGAAACCAAGAUAUUAAUGUUGCUAAUCAAAUUUUUAAAAAAAUUCAAAAAGAAAUAAAACCUAUAAUAUCUAUGUCAUCUAACUAUAAAAAUUUUUAUUUGCAAAAAAUACAAGGGUUACUUUUUUCUUAUAUUGAUGAGGAAUAUAUAUAA